CUUCUGUGACGAACGAGAACACGUAGUGGACGCCUUUUCGCCGAUUCGGCGCCAUUGGUCUUGAGAUCUGAACGCGUCUAUGCACAAUAUGUUUCAUUUAACGGGCAGAUAUAUGUCUGCCUGGUGCCCGGUAGCUGGGUUCAGGCCAGUUAAAGUUUCUCGACUAUCAAGACUACACUGCCGCUACUCUUAGUUGAGACUAUUGGAGCAUAAACUACCGUCGUAUAUCUCUUACUCUAUACCCUCCUCCCACAAGCCACUAGUCCAUCCCAGUGACCUCGACUACAACUCAACCCCUCCUCACUGAACACACCUGUUCCAAACUAUCUCUCACCACCAUGGCUCCCACCCCAGCAGAUACAACCCCCGAAGCCCUCUCCCCCACGCCCACCGGCUCCCUAAAAUCCAAGCCCACAACAACCUACUGGACAAAAGCAAAUAUAAUCUCCACCACAAUCUUCAUCAUUAUCUGCGUCCUUCUCCUCGCUGGCGCCCUAUCCCUCUUCCUCUACCGGCGCCAUCAGACCAAAAAGCUCGCGACACAGAAACCCGACGCCGCGGCCCUCCUCGCCCCAAACAAAGACAAGGAAAACAUGUUCAGCCGCGACCGCGCCAGCAGCGUAACGCUCUACGUCGAUUCCGAUGCCGACGACCGCAGAAAGCGCGCAAGCACCGAUACCAUGCAUCUUGUCCCCCUGCACAUUACGCCGAUGGAGGAGCACCAGGAUCCGCUUGCCGCCGGGCUUGCGACGGGUCCCGGGCGUGCUGUGACGACGGAUCGUGCCGUCAGUGUAGGAAGCAGUGUUAGCGCAACUAGUAGUAGCGGGUCGCAGGGUUCGGUGCUGUUGAGUCCCGUCGAUGGCGAGGCCGGAGUGAGGAGCGUGGGACGCCCGCGGAGUACGAGUACGGCGUCGACGCGGUCGAGGAUUGUGCAUACGGCUGUUUAG